AUGGCGAACAUCGCUUUUCCGAAGCAUGCUAAGCGUCUCACACUUUUGACAACCCACACAUACAGCUAUGUCAUUAUCCCACCCACGAGGCCCUCACAUCCAACAAUAUUGCUAUUGCAUGGCUUCCCAUCUUCCUGCUAUGACUGGCGCCAUCAGAUACGUUUCUUUUCGACAGCCGGCUACGGGAUUUUAGCGCCCGAUUUACUUGGCUACGGCGGCACCAGCAAGCCAACGGACGCGACGGCGUACAAGGCCAAGCAAAUGGUGGCAGAAAUAGCAGAGAUCUUGGAUAACGAGAAGAUCCAACGUGUUCAUGCUGUGUCUCACGACACUGGAAGUAUUCUGCUUUCGAGGUUCGCGAAUUACUAUCCUGAAAGGCUUCUGUCGUGCACAUUCUUAGCAGUGCCAUACUCCAAGCCCGGGGAGCAUUUCGAUCUCAAAGCCGUGAAUGCGAUGACGAAGCAGCUUCUUGGGAAGGAGCGUUUUGGUUAUCUUGGUUUCUUUGUCAGUGACGUGGCAGGGGCAUUGCUUGAUCAACAUAGCGAAUCAUUUUUCACUCUCUUCUAUCCACAAGACCCGAAUAUCUGGAUAGAUCAUGUCGGGCCUCACGGGGCUCUAGAAGAAUGGCUCCGGGCAGAUCGUCACGGCGAGAUGGCAUCCUACAUCACAAGGGACGAACAAUUCACUCAUCAACAAAUCAUGACUGGUCAGCAUGCGCCUGCAUUAAACUGGUAUCGUGCAUUGGUAUGGAACUUGAACGAGCAAGAUGAGGUUGAAGCUGGCUUAUCUGCAAAAAUAGCAUGCCCCGUUCUUGCGGUAUUCCCAGCUGCUAUCGCCGGCCAAUUCUCGGCAGCUGCGAACCUGUCAAGCGAUAUCGCAGAUAGUCUUACGGUGAAGCAUGUCAGCACCCCAGGUCACUGGCUGCAGCUGGAAGCGCGAGAUGAAGUGAAUUCCAUCUUGCUGGAGCACUUCAAGGAACAAUCAGCUCUGGGCGAUGCUUCUGCUUGA